UUGAUCUGUCAGCCUGCACACAGACUGCCUACGAUCGUGAGCUUUAGACCUAUUUUUAGUUUUUUGGUGUGGGGACGCGCUGACCCAAGCUGACACUCGGACAUUCGGACAUAACUGACCACUUCACCUGCAGGACAUUCAUGAUAACUCAUCACAAUGAGAGUAUAAGCACAGAGCUGGAGAGAGUGAGGGGCACAGAGCGAUGUGUCAGUCUGAGGCUCUUGACCCCACCACGGGCCUGAGCAGCCCCGACCCUCUGGUGAGAGAAGCCUACCUGAUGGCCCACGACUACAUAGACUAUGUUACCUCCGGGGGGGCAGAUGGCACCAUGGGACCGGCCCCUACACAGUGUACAGCGGCAUUACGGCAUGCAGGAGACGAACUUCUCAUGAGGUUCCCUAUUUUCUUCCGACGCUGGCCUCGCAUUUUCAAAGACGUCAAGGAGGAGACAGCCAUCCCCAUGCUGAUGAGUAUCCUUGACCAACACUUCUUCCCCCACGCGCCAGGCGGGAGGCGAAGGGAUCUAGCCUGGAGCGCUGUGCUGUCUGUGUAUGUUUUGGCAGGACAGAUGGCACAGCACUGCCACGAGAGUGGGAUCGAGGGUGUCCUUCCACAACUGAAGGCCAGCGUGGGGGCCUACGUGGAGAGGGUCAUCUGUCCAGAGAUACGGGACAAAGGAGGAUGGGGUGGGUUCGUGUCUCGGUUUGGGCCGAAGCCGGGGCUGGAGAGCAGACUGAAGGCGGCGUGCUGCUGGACCCUGUUGGCAUUAGCCGUUAGCAUCCUCUCAUACUGCCUAUGGAAACUACUGACAACACCGACAUCCAGUGGACAUGCGCAGUAAUGUCCUUGA